UCAAGCGAAAAGGUUGUUUUUACGAGCUUAACUGAGUAAAAUUCCAAAAAUCGGUCAAUUAGUCUGGCUAAUAUUGUUUGAUGUUUUGGGCAUCCAUUGAUAACUUGUGCCCGCCAUUCAUAUAGAAAUCUGAAUGGAGCUUUGAGCUGGAGAUAGGUGCUUCAGUUUGCUGUGGAACGUUGGCCGAACAGCAAUUCAAUUUUGGAAUACGGAUAGGUGUAGUCUACCAAGUUCAACGACAUGCUGGCCUGCAUCAUUUUAAUCGGCUGGCUACUGCUGGUUUGGAUAUACUUCCUGUGGAGCCGACGGAGAUAUUAUAAAGCGGCGUGGCAGUUAAGAGGACCUAUUGGCUGGCCCCUCAUCGGCAUGGGCUUACAAAUGAUGAACCCUGAGACCUUUUUGCAGUACAUGGAUGGCCUGUCGCGACAGUUCAAGGCCCCAUUCAUUUCCUGGAUGGGCACUAACUGCUUUCUCUACAUCAACGACCCACACAGCGUGGAGCAGAUAUUUAAUUCGACGCACUGCACCAAUAAGGGCGAUUUCUAUCGAUUCAUGAGUUCGGCUAUAGGGGACGGACUGUUCACCUCCAGUUCUCCGCGUUGGCACAAACAUCGUCGACUCAUUAAUCCCGCCUUUGGUCGCCAGAUUCUCAGCAACUUCCUGCCCAUCUUCAAUGCCGAGGCCCAGGUCCUGUUGCAAAAGCUGGAACUGGAGGGUGUGCAGCAUGGCAAGCGGCUGGAGAUCUAUCAAAUCCUCAAGAAAAUCGUCCUGGAAGCAGCUUGUCAAACAACAAUGGGCAAGAAAAUGAAUUUCCAGCAUGACGGAUCUAUUGCCAUAUUUGAGGCUUAUAAUGGCUUAACAGAAGUGUGUGUGAAACGAAUGCUAUCACCCUGGCUUUAUCCGGAGCUCAUAUACCGGGGCUCGCGACUCUUUGCCCUGCAGCAAAAGGUUGUCGGCAUACUCUUUGGGUUUAUAGAACAGCUACUCGAACCGAUUGUUUCAGUGGUGGCUGCCAAUGCUAAGCCGGAGCAGCAGCCAUCGGAACUGGAGAUGAAGGGCAAGUCCAAGGCCAUUUUUAUUGAGCAAAUGCGGGAGCAUGUGGAGCGCGGCCAGCUGAGUUGGCAGGAUGUGAGGGAUGAGGCCAAUGUGACAAUUGCAGCGACUUUUGAGACCACAUCGACAGCCCUGUACUUCACCAUUCUCUGCCUCGCCAUGCAUCCCUGCUACCAGGAGAAGCUCCACGAGGAGCUGGUCAGAGAGCUACCGCCCACUGGCGACAUAUCCUUGGAGCAACUACAACGACUGGAGUACACUGAAAUGGUCAUAAACGAGGCAAUGCGUUUGUUUGCUCCUGUGCCGAUGGUCCUGCGGGCGGCGGAACAGGAUGUCCAACUGCGGCGGGAUGACGGGGAGUUCCUGAUUCCUCGUGGCACCCAGAUCGGCAUUGACAUCUACAAUAUGCAGCGGGACGAACGGGUUUGGGGACCACUUUCGCGUACCUACAACCCGGAGGCACAUUUCGGUCUGGGUUCGCCACAAAGGCACGCCUUUGCUUUUGUUCCAUUCACAAAGGGAUUGCGCAUGUGCAUCGGCUACCGAUAUGCCCAGAUGCUGAUGAAACUGCUGCUGGCCAGGAUCUUUCGCAGCUAUCGAAUUAGCACUGAGGCACGGCUGGAGGAACUCCUGGUCAAGGGCAAUAUCUCCCUAAAGCUACGUGAUUACCCGCUAUGUCGAGUGGAGCGAAGAUAAUAGGAAGGGUUAUGCCCCUCAAUUUGUUGCUGUAAUUUUUCAAUUAAAAAGGCCAUUUUUGUUGCAUUUUCUUUGCGUAGGAAA